AUGGAUCAAGUUCAAGUAUUAUCAGCUGUUUGUAAAAAAUUGAAUAAUGAUAUUGAAUCAUUAGCUAAUCAAACAUCAAUUCGUGAAUCUGCAAUAGCUAAAUUAGAUUCUAAUCAACAAUCAUAUGAUGAACAAUUACGUCAAUUAAAUAUUGAUAUUCAAUUAAAAUUAUCUAAAAGUGAUUCAAUUUUACAAAAAUUACAAUCAGAUGUUGAACAAAUUUCACAUGGACUUCGAGAUAUAAAUCAGAGUCAACAAGAUACAAAUAGAUCAAAUAUUCAACGUUAUCAAGAAUUAAAACUUGAAAUAACAACAUUAAGUCAACGUCUUGAUAGAAUAUUUAAUGAACAACAAAUUGUUUUACGUACAUUUGAAACUGAUACAGCACGUGCUCUAUCAACAGCUGAUUCACGUUCACGAGCUUUUGUUGAUGAACUUCGAAAUCAAAUAUUUCAAAGUAAAACUCAAGAAGAUACGGAACGAGAAAGACAAGAACAAAAAAUAAAUCAAAAACUUGAUGAUAUUAAACGAUCAUUAGAUAAAUAUGAACGAUUGGAUAAAAGAAUUGAUGAUGCAAUACAUCAAUUUGAAAGAAAAACAGCAUCAUUAGAAGAUCAUUAUAGACGAGCUAUAUCAGAUUUAACUAGAAAUAAUGAAUCUGUUGAACAAACUGUUUAUAAACGAUUUGAUGAUAAAUAUCAAAAAACAAUGGCUAAUUUAGAAAAAGUUAAAAAAGAAAUGCGAACUUGUUUUGAAUCACUUGAAGGUUCUGUUAAAACAUUACAACGUAUUACUGAUGGAAGAAUUAAAGUAACUGAAGAUAAAUUAGAUAAAGAAAUAGAAAAACUUCGAAGUAUGAUUGUUCUUAUUUAA